UCCAGGUUAAAACAAGAAGAGGAAGAAAAAAAACUGCACGCCGGCAAUGCUAAAAUAGCCCCGACGGGAAUGCGAUCCGUACAGUGGGCGUCUUUUAACUUAUACUACAUUCCAUUGCGGAGAACAGUUGUUUCAAAUAGCAAACGUGUGACGUCCAGCACAAGAUCGGUGCUGACACCACUCGGGCGAUAACGACGGCAAGAGACGAGCCAACUUCUCGCUUGAACGCUGAUGCUCGCUAGCGACCUUUGACGUCACCUUCUGCGGCAAGAGGGAGUAGCUCAGAAUCUUUUCACAAAAAGCGGAACCGGCUCUCUUGCUUCCUCUCGCCUGCUGGGUGCCACCGACUCCGGAAUGUUCUCCGACUAUCGUGCUCGGAAAGUUUUGCCACAUGGUGUUAAUUUUGUAUACGCGCUCAUUUCUCUUUUUCUGUUCACGGGAAAUAAAAUUUGUCAAGUUCAUCAAGCACUGCCUUCUAUUCAUUUCCUGCUUUUCCGUAUUGGAGCAUUUGACCGUCCCGCGCAACGGGCCGCCUCGGUCUUACGUGUCCACAAAACGUAAUGGAAUCCUAUCUGCUACUGUAAGUCGAUAUUAAGUUAUAUUUGCAUCGCACGUCACUAACGAUCAGUUACUGAUGUACAUAUUGGCAAAUAAUUACAAAGGAUCACUUUGUAAAAUUUUCAAGAGAGUGACGAACAAUAUAAAUAAACUGAAAAUGACGUGCAUCGGAGAAGAAUUGUAUCACCCAAUCGAGACCUUUGUGUUUUUUGAUCUGGAGACAACAGGUUUGAUUAAGGGGACAAAGAUGCCAAAAAUCACAGAAUUGUCAAUGGUAGCUACAUCAAGAAAUUCCAUUAGGUGUGACAAGAGAAACAAAUUGGCACUUCCGAGAAUCAUGCAUAAAUUAACAAUACCUAUUUGUCCUAUGCAAACAAUUGAUCCACAGGCUUCAUUUGCUUCCAAUCUAUGGAAUAACCUUCUUGACCAAAUGAGACCAUUCGAUGAAGCCACUUAUGACAUAAUUAUUCAAUUCAUCAAUAGGUUACCUGGCAUUAUUUGUUUUGUUGCUCACAAUGGCAAUCAUUUUGACUAUCCAAUAUUUUUAUCGGAGCUUGAUGGAAUCAAAAAGACAUUUCCUGAUAGGAUUUUAUGUGUAGACACAUUACCAGCAUUCCAUGAAUUCUUUAGCGACACACCAGUGUCAUCCCCUUCACUUGUUCAAAGUUUUCCACAGGGCUAUGAUGAAGUAGAUGAAGAAGAACUUGUUGAAUUGAAGAGUCAUGUAUCUGAUAGUUCUUUAGAUGAUCAGUGGAAUAACGCUUUAUGUGCAAUUGUUGAUGAUUUUGACAAAGUACAAGCCAAUGAAAAUAGUAAGGAUGUUAUGGAUUAUACGAUAUCAGAUAAGAAUGGACAAACAACUUCCACUUCGUCUGAUUCUAUUACACCAAAAAAUAGUCCAAACAAAUCUUUGCAAGCAAUCAAUGAAAAGACACCAGAAAAUCAAAUAAUUAAGACAACACGAACAAGAAUAUCUAGUAAUCCUCGUAAAAUUUCACAGGCAUUUAGUGUGAAAAAACAAAUAGAGUUUGACAAUAGCAAGCCAAAAAAUUUCAAAUUAUCCACAGUGUACUUUCACAUGAUUGGAUGUGAAGCUGAAAAUCUACACUGUGCUGAAGCUGACUGCAUAACUAUGUUACGUUGCGUUUGUCAAAUUGGUCCUAGUUUUGCAGAUUGGGCUGACAUGAAUGCAAUUUCACUUAAUCAUUUAAAAAAAAAGUAAAUUGCUUUACUUUCACUUAUAACACAUGGAUAGUGUCUGAUAAAUAAUUAGGAUUUACUAUAACUGCUUAACUUAAGUAUUAAAUUUUAUUUUUCACGUCGUUAUUUUCUAUCUAUGAUUUUUCUAUCUAUAAUUUUUUAUUUAAUUUCGAAAUUUGAUGAUAUCGGACCGAUUUUUAUAUACUUUAAUAUUAAUAUUACAGUUCAACGAUGAUAUAAAAAUCUUACAAAUUAUACAGAAACUAAAAGUAAAAAUAUAUUUGACUAAGGAUUAUAAUGAAUACAGUGAUUUUUGAAUGAGGCUAACUAGUCUAGAACUAUACUUUUAGCACACAUAAAUAUAUUUUAUUAAAGUUUUAUAUUUAUUUAUCUAAAGGAACUUUAGAUUGAUAGUUUUUGAGAUUAAAAUAAAAUUAAAAAAAUAUUUAAAUAACUUGUAUAAAAAGUUACAAUUUUAUCAAAAUAUUUAAACAUUCAAAAAAGACAUUUUUCCAGUUACAAGCUGACUGCAUGUUUCGUAUUAAAUUUUUGAUAAUAUUUGCUUUUGAGCAAUAUUUGCUAUAAGCAUGUGAUUUAAAUAUAGUAAGCCAAUUUGUUUCGAUAAUUUACAAUUGAAAAAUGUUCCUUUGGUGCUGUGACUUUUUAAGAAUAAAUUUAAUUAUUUCUAACGUGUUUCUUGACGGCUUUACUUUAAUUGCAUAUCUAUAUAUAUAAUAUAGAUAUACAAUUCAUUUUGAUAGCUAAAAUGCGAACAGCUGUAAUAUUUACGUCUUAUACGUACGUUAAUAUUGUGAAAUCUGAAAUUAAUAUAAUUAUUUUAUGAAUAAUUGUGUGAUCCGGAAUUGAAAAAUUUGGAGGCAAAAGUAAAAAGUAAAUUUGAGAAUUGUUAUCACAUAAAGUUAAGAUGUAACGUCACUUGAAAUUUUCUAGAAUUUUUACAAAAUUCUACAUUACAAAAGGAUUACAAUAAUAAAACUUAUAUAAUUUUUCUACAAAAAUUCAAUCUCUUCACUUAUUAUUCACAUCCUUUUCGACCUAUUUUAUGUCUUCUAUCUCUAUUUAUUAUGUUUAUGCUUAAUUUAAAUGUCAUCAUAAUAAAUUGUA